UGGCCACUAGGCGCCCUCAGCCGCGGAGCCCCCGCCUUCGGGCGUCUAGGAGCCACUUGGGGGCCCACGUCCCCUCUUCAGGAGGCCGCCCGGGUGGGCCGGCGGCGCGGCGCGGCGGGGCGGGGCCUGCGGCGAGGCCGAGCGAGCGCGGACCGAAGUUUCGCGGGCCCGCGGGCGGCGGAGCCGUUACCGCGACGCACCGGAAGUAGCCGAGGCCGGCGUCCGGCGUCCGGCCCGCCGUGAGCGAGUUCCCUCCGGUCGGCGACGCCAUGGAGCCCGGGGCGGCCGAGCUGUACGACCAGGCCCUGCUGGGCAUCCUGCAGCAUGUGGGCAACGUCCAGGAUUUCCUGCGCGUGCUCUUCGGCUUCCUCUACCGCAAGACGGACUUCUACCGCCUGCUGCGCCACCCGACCGACCGGAUGGGCUUCCCGCCCGGGGCCGCGCAGGCGCUGGUGCUGCAGGUGUUCCAGACCUUCGACCGCAUGGCUCGCCAGGACGAUGAAAAGAGGAGGAAGGAGCUGGAGGAGAAGCUGAGGAGGAAGGAGGCGGAGGCUGCGGAGGUGGAAGCUGCGGCUUCGGGGGAGCAGGCGCCUGUGCCUGCCCUGGAGCUGGAGGUGGAGGUCAACACCGCGGACGCGGACGCGGACGCGGACACGGCCCGGGCCUCGGGCGGGCCUGCGGAGCCGCAAGGCCAGCUGCAUGACGUGCAGGCGGUGGCCCCCGGCUCCCGGGAGGCUGCGGAGCUGCCGGCCUCAGAAGCGGGUGCUGCUCAGACCCCAAGGGAGCCCCCACCUCUUCCCAGGAGACAGGAGCAGUUCCAGAGAAACCCCGACAGCUACAACGGAGCCGUGCGGGACAACUACACCUGGUCCCAGGACUACACCGACCUGGAGCUCAAGGUGCCGGUGCCCAGGCACGUGGUCAAGGGCCGGCAGGUCUCGGUGGCGCUCAGCAGCAGCUCCAUCCGCGUGGCGGUGCUGGAGGAGAGCGGGGAGCGUGUGCUCAUGGAGGGGAAGUUCACGCACAAGGUCAACACGGAGAGCUCCCUGUGGAGCCUGGAGCCCGGGAAGUGCGUGCUGGUGAGCCUGAACAAGGCGGGCGAGUACUGGUGGAACGCCGUCCUGGAGGGCGAGGAGCCCAUCGACAUCGACCAGAUCAACAAGGAGCGCUCCAUGGCCACGGUGGGCGAGGAGGAGCACGCCGUGCUGGACCGGCUCACCUUCGACUACCACCAGAAGCUGCAGGGCAAGCCCCAGAGCCACGAGCUGAAAGUCCAUGAGAUGCUGAAGAAGGGGUGGGACGCUGAAGGCUCUCCCUUCCGCGGCCAGCGCUUCGACCCGGCCAUGUUCAACAUCUCCCCCGGGGCCGUGCAGUUUUAGGGACAGACCUCCCCUCGCGGCGCCGUCUGACGCCCUCCCUGCCCCUUCUUCCAGGGCCUGUGGCCUCUGCCCGGCCUGCUUCUCCAGCCGUUGGAGCCGGGCGGGCCGCCCGAGGGUGCUGGUGGAGCAGGCCCCCGGGACCCCUCGCUGUUGUCUGUAGCUCUGCUUGUGGUGCUGCGGGGGGCGGGGGGCGGGGGCGGGAGGAGGGGGUGGGUGGGCGACUCCGGACGUUGGGGACUCGGCCUCCCAUGCUGGGCGAGACGUCCUCAGCCGGGCACCCGGCACCCGCCCUUGGUGAUGUCUGGGCGUUGGAGAAAGUCCUGUGGCCGCCCGCACAGCGGGUCCUCUGACCUCUGACCGCUGCUCUGCCCCACCUCCCUGCACCUUCCUUUGUGGGGCCUGGUUCCUGUCGGAGCUGAGCGGCUGCCCGUCCCUCUCGGCAACCCGACCACAGCUCUGCUCCCACCGCCUCGGACCCGAGCCUGCGCCCGUCCCGCAGGCCACGUGCCCAUCACCAGGACCGGGCCUCCCACUGGAGCCUGGGACGAGGAGCCUGGGCAGACAGCCCUUCCAGAGGCUUCCAGCUGUGUGCAUGGCGGGAGCCGGUUCUCGCCGGCGUUCUGCUCCCGGCGGCCUCCCUGCGCCCCUGUGGUGCUGGCGCUGAGCCGGACCCUCGCGCCACCGGCCGGUCCUGCGCCUGCCGGGCCCCUCCUCGGCCCGGGCUCUGUUGUCCGUGUGACGCGUGCCCCUGGGUCUGCCCCGAGCGAGGUGGGUGGCCUGCGUCUCGGUGAUGGGACGGACCACGGCUGGUGGCUGUCCUGGCCCGCGUCUGUUCUCCGCGCCGUGGCUGUCCGUGCGCCGCUGUCCGGGCCCGGAGGGAGCCGUCACUGCGGCCGGAGGCGGUGCCCUCCCCUCGGGCGCCUCUGCCCUGGCUGCCCUGCAGCCGCUGCUCCUGCCUGUUUUCUCUCUGCAGACGCGGCGGCGGCAGCAGACGGGCCGCGGAGCCCGGCGAGGCCCGAGGACAGGACCGCUGUGCACCACGUGGGUUUGCAAUAAACGUGUUUGAGCAUUCGG